GUGAGGAUGUUUAUUUGUGUAUGAGCCCUUAAAAACAAACGCCUUUUUUUCCAAUCUCAAUUUCGUCCAUGGAAGUUGGUUUCGAACUGCGAUAUUAAAGCGACAGAUUAUCCGGGAGUUCUUGACCGGCAAGGACCAUGCCGACUCUACAUAGCUCCUCCGUCCUGCUGCUUUUGAGCUUCCUGAUUGGUCUGAGCUACUCUCUGAACCCAGGAGACCCCAAUGUGUGCAGCCUGUGGGAGAGCUUCACCACCUCAGUGAAAGAGUCCUACUCGCAUCCUUAUGACCACGUGACGGAGGAGCCCUGCUCCGACCCUCGGACCUCCUACAGAUGCAUGCGCCACAGGAUUACCUACAAGACGGCCUACAGGCAGGCGGUGAAGACAGACUACCGUAAGAGGUACCAGUGCUGUCCAGGCUAUUACGAGAGCAGAGACAAAUGUGUCCCUCGCUGCACCAAGGAGUGUGUCCACGGUCGAUGCGUCGCUCCAGACCGUUGCCAGUGUGAGGGAGGCUGGCGUGGCGACGACUGUUCCAGCGCCUGUGAUGACAAACACUGGGGGCCAGGCUGCAGUCAGCAGUGCAAGUGUGAGAACGGAGCUCUCUGCGAUCCCUUCAAGGGGAUGUGUCAGUGUCCUCCAGGGUUCAUAGGACGCUACUGCGAGGAGUCCUGUCCAGCAGGCACCUUCGGGAAGGGCUGUCUGCAGAGGUGCAAGUGUGGGACCGGAGGAUCCUGUGAUAAAGCAACCGGAGAGUGCGUAUGUCGGGACGGAUUCACUGGGACUUUCUGUGAGAAGGCGUGUCACAGGAAAUGCCAGGCACGAUGCUCCUGCCAGAAUGGUGGUAUUUGUAAAGGCAAAGGGAUCUGCGAUUGCCCACCUGGAUGGACGGGUGCAUUUUGCACGGAGCAAUGUUUGGAGGGAAGGUUUGGACCAAACUGUGCUGAAGAGUGUGUCUGCCACAACAGUGGCAAAUGUGACCCCGAAUCUGGACAGUGCCAGUGUGCUAAAGGUUUUACUGGUAACAGGUGUAAUGAGGAGUGUGCUGCAGGCACUUAUGGUCAGGACUGUAAAGGUGUGUGUGACUGUGCUAACGGCGCACGCUGCUACAACAUCGAUGGAGGCUGCCUGUGCGAGCCAGGCUUCCGUGGUCCACACUGCAGAGAAAGGAUGUGUGCACCCGGUAAAUACGGCAUGCUCUGUGAACGCACGUGUCUCUGCCAGGACAAACACACACUCAGCUGCCACCCAAUGAAAGGAGAAUGCACAUGCCAGCCAGGGUGGGCAGGACUGUUUUGUAACGAGACCUGCGCUCACGGUUUCUAUGGUCAUGGUUGCCUGGAGCCGUGUCUGUGUGUGAAUGGUGGGGUGUGUGAUAGCGCCACCGGACAAUGCCACUGUGCCCCUGGGUAUACGGGGGUUCACUGUGAGAGUCAAUGUAAAAGUGGCACCUAUGGCAAGAACUGCUCUCUGGAGUGCUCCUGUGAAAACUUUGUCGACUGCUCACCAAUUGACGGGACUUGCUUCUGCAAGGAGGGCUGGCGUGGGCCGGACUGUUCCACCCCCUGCUCUGAGGGAACCUGGGGCCCAGGAUGCAACGCCACCUGCCACUGCGCCAACGGGGCAAAAUGUAAUCCUGCAGAUGGAUCCUGCACCUGCACAGCAGGCUGGCAGAGGGCGCACUGUGACCAACCGUGCCAGAUGGGCACGUUUGGGCCAGGCUGCCUGAAGAGGUGUGAUUGUGUUCAUGAUGACGGCUGCCAGGCUACCACCGGGAAAUGCCACUGUCUGCCAGGUUGGUCGGGUUCUCGCUGUAACGAGCCAUGUUUAAAGGGCCUGUGGGGGCGCCACUGUAACCAGUCCUGUUUCACGCAUUGCCCCAACAGUGACACGUGCUUGAGGGAAACUGGAGCGUGUGUGUGUCGCUCAGGCUACUGGGGAGACACCUGUCAGAACAAAUGCAGAGCUGGUAUGUAUGGUGACCUGUGCAGCAUGUCAUGCCCAUCCUGUGGCCAGUCGUACCGCUGCCACCAUGUGACAGGAGAGUGUGAUUGCCUACCUGGAUACACUGGACCCAACUGUGAUCAAGUUUGUCCAGCUGGCUACUACGGCAAACAGUGCUCUGAAGUGUGUGUUAACUGUGCCAACAACUCCACAUGCGACCACCGGGACGGUCACUGUGAAUGUUUGCCUGGCUGGACUGCUACUGACUGCUCCAUACCCUGCAGUCCAGGCCGUUUUGGUCCGUUCUGCACUCAGACCUGCUCCUGUCCAACAAACCACAUCUGUGACCGAUACACUGGAGACUGUGUGUGUGAAAGUGAAGCAGAAGACUGUAAACAAGUCUCGUCUGAGCAGUCGGGGAGCGUUAUGGUCCCCCUUCCUCCUGGUGAGAGGGAGUCGUGGGGAGCCAUUGGCGGCAUCGUCGUGCUCGUCAUCCUGGUGGUCUUGCUGCUGGCUCUGCUGCUGCUCUACCGCCGCAGGCAGAAGGACAAACAGAACAACACGCCGACCGUGUCCUUCUCCACCAGCCGCACAGUCAACUCUGAAUACGCCGUUCCAGAUGUUCCUCACAGUUACCACCACUACUACUCCAACCCCAGCUACCACACACUGAGCCAGAACAGGCCUCCGCUGCCACACCUCCCCAACAACCACGACCGCACCAUCAAGAACACCAAUAACCAGCUGUUCUGCAGUGUGAAAAACAUGGAGAGGGAGAGACGAGGCCUGUUUGGGGUUGAGAGCAACGCCACCCUACCUGCAGACUGGAAACACCACGGGCCUCGCAAAGACUCAGGAGCUUUUGGAAUCGAUCGGAGCUACAGCUACAGUGCCAGCCUCGGAAAAUAUUACAACAAAGAGCUGAAGGAUGCAGUGGCGGUGAGCAGCAGCUCUCUGAACAGCGAGAAUCCUUACGCUACCAUCAAAGACCUGCCGGGCCUGCCCUUCUGCCCCCCAGAGAGCAGCUACAUGGAGAUGAAGUCAGCCGUGCCCAGAGAGCGAGCGUACACUGAGAUCAGCCCGCCGCCGUUCAACACCGCCACCUUACGCAGAGAACGUCAGAGUUCCCUCGGUCACGCUCCACAUGAGGACCCCCAGAGCCACUACGACCUCCCCGUGAACAGCCACAUCCCGGGACACUACGACCUGCCGCCUGUCCGCCGCCCCCCCUCCCCCAGGAGAGCACCUCAGUGACAGUCACAGCAGCAGAGCAAGUUUCCCUCCUCCUCACUCUGGGGAUGAUUUCAGGCCUGUGCUCGCAAAGACAGAGCAAACCUGUACGCUCUUCUUUGAUAAUCAGAGCUGCAGACCGGCACCUAGUCCCACGAAGGAACUAUUGUUUACUGGAUGUCCUCCUGUCAACUCAACACUGCCCCUCUGUGGGCUUAAGUGGUACUCGCUUCACCGUGACAGACUUGUCAUCCAGACUGGGGAGCCAGCAGGCUGCGGGGAGGAAGGUUGGACUGUGGCAACGCCAGCGGGGCUUCAGCUGCAUUCACCUCCCAUGGGAAAAAUAAGCCAGAAGACUUCACUGUUAAAAGCAGAAACUUGGGAAUGUUUAUGUCUUUGAACUCAUCUAAACGGGCUGUAAUUAAAGUUUCCCAGACAUUUUGCAUGUUCAAAAGGCCACUCUUUUAAAAGAAAAAUCUGAAUUCAUUUUUUUUCUGUCUUCAUCAUCAAAAACAUCUAAUGAACACAUUGAAGAUUUCUAAAUUUAGGUAUUUUACAUUUUUUUUUUUUUAAAUCCAAACUUUUUUUAACAGGCAGCUUUGGAUGAACUCAUCACAGCUGGAGAUCUUUUUGAUUUGCUCAUCGAAAAACCUCGUCAACCUCAAAAAAGGAACGAGACAAAGGUCAUAUAAAGAUGUCCUCUGAUACGUACAAGUUUGUUUUGUUAGGCAAAAUAAAUCCUGCCAGGCUUUGGUCUGAGACACAUUAUUAAAAAAAAUGUUUUUAUUGCUGAUAUUCAGGUUUCAGAAAUCUGGAGAAGUCAGGUUGUUUCAUCAAAGUACCAAAGAUUUCCAAGAUGAACAGCAUUUUCUUCUCCAACAAUUGACACGUGUCCCCUGUUUGUUUAAACAAAUGUGGCUCACUUAUUGCUGCUGUCAGAUGAAAACUUUGUAAAUAUAGAAAUGAUUAUAUUGUUAGUUCCACAGUAAUGUAGAAGACCAGCCCUAUUUUAAGAUGUUUUAAGGGGUUUGUGACCAAAGAUCGCACAUGUAUGCUCAAUAGAUACCAAAAGCUCAUAAGCACAAACAGUUUGUUGUGAAUAAUAAACCAUCAUUAAAUGGGGAAUUACAAGCCAAAUCAAAGCAGCAUUAUGAAUGUCAAUACAGUGUCUUAUGGCAUCUUUUGUCUUUGCAUGGUAUUUAAAAGGGCCAGUUCACCCAAAAUUCCACAAUAAGUAUUAAUGUAUUUUUUUUGUCAACCAAAGUCUUGUGUUGCCUCUAAAUCAUUUUAGAAAUGCUAUAAAGUGUUUUGUUUUGUAUCAAAUGAAGUUAAUUGGUCAGCCAAUCAGAUAAUAGAAACCCUGUGCACCAAAAGAAUGUACAUUGAGCUUUAAAUGCUAUAGUUUUGGGUAGAGCUUCAGCUUUUUUCUUCUUUUUUUUUAUACAUAUGGACAUAUAUUUUUGAAUGUAACCAUGGAAACGUGUAAAUAAUGUAAAUAAAAAUAGCUGCACUUUUGAAUGACAAUGUUCUAUAUCAAGGAAAUAUCUACAACAGGCAGUCACUGUGAAAACAUUUUUUUACUCAGCGUUAUUUUAGAAAAGCAAAAAAAAAAAAAAAAAAAAACAUUCAUUACAUCGACUGAAUGGCUUUUCUAUAAUGAUAACAUUAUGAUAGACAAAUCCUACUUCAAGCUAAUUACAACUUUGGCAUUAAAGGCUCACAACAACAAUUCCCUUUCAGUAACAUUUUAAAUCCUCAAGUCCUUCAUAAGGAUUCAUGAGGCCUCAAUCAAGACUUGAACAGGGAGGGUUCAGGAUUUCACAAAGGCCUUUCUAGACUUUUCACAUAAAGCACAUCUGUGGUUUAAAUCUCAUUUUGGUAGUGUCUUGGUUCUUUACCUUAAACUAGCAUUACAUAUAAAUGUUAAAGAGCAGCUGUCCGUUUCUUAGGAAAACACUUAAACAAGAAGCGCUGUACAGGAAGAGGUUUCUUUCUGGCUUAAACUCCGUCAAACAGGCCUCUGAAAAACCCUGACCACACCCUUUAAAUGAUCUGUUCUGAGUGGGAUGAUUCAGUUAAUAGUUGCAUAUAUUUCACAAGUACAUACAGUACUCAUGUCUCAUAUUUACAUGCACAUAUGAGAUAAAUACUACGUCUGUUAAUUAAACACCACUCAUCUUUGGAGAUGGCCAUUUCUUUAACUAAAGAUUGUCAUGGACUUUUUAAGGCACUUUGGGGA